CUGCAAAACCUAGAGUGUAAUUUAUAUUAACUCUUUUCAUAUGAAGGUUUAGUGAUGCAAUGGACAAAUUUAUUUCCUCUUUUUCUUAUAUUCUUCAUGCUAAUGGCUGAAACAGCCUCUAAACUUCCGAUAUUGUCCAACACGUACAAGAUCCUUAUAGUAACAAAGUUGCAGCGAAGAAUACACAUACAUAAAUGCUGCUCGAAUACAAUUUGUCAAACAAAUUCUACGAUUACCAGAAAUGACAGGAACAUUGUCUCAAGCAAAUUACCACCUACAGCAGCAAUAAUAAAGACGACAUUUCACCAAAAAACAAUUGCUCCAACAACGCUCGUAAGAAGUAACACUAUACAACAAUCAUCGGAAGCCGCUACUACUGUCGCAAUAUCAACUGAUUCGACAACUGCAAUCUCCGGCACCACUUCAACAACGACGUCCACGUCGUCGUCAUCAACAACAACUACUACUACGACGACGACAACAACCACAACUCUGCCACCGUGCAUUUCUUUCGCCUGCAAACCAGAUGUAAGAGUCGCUUACUUAGAUGGAACAAAUCUUCCUGGUCGAGGUAAAAUUGCGCAUCUUUCGACAAACACCCAAAUUUUCAUUGUCGAAUUGAUUGUUGCCCUUUUCUUGCAACAAGGAAAUUAACGUUUGGUUGUUGAAAGUUGCGCAAUUUUUCCUGAACCAGGACGAAAUUCAAAUUAGGAUAAAGCACGUUUCAGUUAGUAACAUAAAUCAUAAAAUCGAAUGCAUCUUGCAAAAUUAACUAUGCGGGUGAGUGAAAUCUAAUUUUUCUGAGAACCACUAAUCAAUUUUGCAAUAACUAAUUUCUAGUUGUAGCUUUGUUCAAUUUAAUAUGUUUAUACGAUCUAUUUUAUUAGCAGAAAUAUCUUAGAUUUUUACAGGACGAUAUCACCUCAAUUUUCAGAGCAAAAUAUUAUCAAUUAAUGUUGAUCAAAACGUAGGUUACAAAGCUUGACGCUAAAGGCCUAGUUGAUCCAAAAUCAGUGACCAACGGAGUCAUAAAGCCCGCAUGUGAUCGUCUUUACCUCUUCAGCACGGAUAAAAAAUCGUGGCCAGACGCCGCAUCCUACUGCUGCACUUUCGGGAUGUCAUUAGUUACGGUGGAAUCAUCGCAGCGCCUGUCAUGCAUUUCCCAACUGAUAAACAGUGCUGACGGCUCUGGGCUAGCGGGAGAGUAUUUGACUUCGUUGAGUGAUUACCAGAAAGAGGGCACCUACAUUUGGUGCAACGGAAACAACACGGUCCUAGAAAAUCUGACAUGGACCUCCGGACAGCCAAGUGGCAUAAGCGCUACUGGUCAAGAGGAAGAUUGUGGUUCGAUCACUUUAGGGCCUGGCCCUAUGAAAAGCAACGUCUUGAAUGACGUCAUCUGCGCAACUUCUUUAAAUUAUAUUUGCGAGGUGCCUGUGACAACGACGACAAAGCCUCCAUGCUUGAGCUACACUUGCGCUAAACAGGCUUCUUUUCUCGACGCAAACGAUUUCAUCAACCCAUCUUCACCUAUCGAUGGAAGUUUGCGAAUUGCAUGUGGCCGAAUGUACUUCUUUAGUAAUGCUCAGAAAACCUGGCAAGAAGCAGCUUCGGAAUGCUGUUUGCGCAACAUGCAGCUUUUGAGCAUCGAGGAUGCAGCGGAAACCAUGUGCCUGGCCACAAUGCUGGCCAAAUCUAACUACGGUUUUGGAGGCACAAGUUGGUUUACAGCGGGAAGCGACGAGUUCCACGAAGGCCAAUUCACCUGGUGUACGGCAAACACUGCAACAAACAUUUCGUCAGGUUUUAGAUGGAACGCAGGCGAGCCUAACAAUGACAAAGGCACUGAAAACUGCAUUCAAAUGAUCGUAGGUGGAGGUUCUCCACCCGAAAAUGUUAAUUUCAAUGACGUCAACUGUGGGAGUACGAUUAAAUUCAUUUGUGAGACGUCCGCCCCACCAUGCCAAUUUCCACAGUGCCCGUCGGUGCCGUGCAGAACUGACGUUGAGAAAUCAAUGUUUUCAAAACUAUGGUUAAGCAAUCCGGGUGGCUUAUUCAGAUCGGCUUGUGGCAGACAGUAUUUCAUUUCCAAAGGGGUAAAAACCAGAAACGACGCCGAGACCGAGUGCUGUAAGUUCGGAAUGCGUUUAUUGAGCAUAGAAUCAUAUGAAGAGUUGCAAUGCCUGGCAGAGAUGAACAAAGUUCAAUACAAGAGCACAGUAAACUAUUACUGGACGACGGGCACUAACGAAGGAUUUGGAUGCGAGUUUCAAUAUGGAUUUUGUGGCACUCAAACGUCGUUUAAUCCAAAUUUUUUGAAUUGGAAAGCAAACGAACCGAGCACCCCGCUGGGAGAGCGAUGCUUAGAGAUGAAGCUGGACGUUGAUCCAAAACUUUUCUAUUUUAAUGACAAUUCUUGCUCGGCAACUCAAUAUUUUAUAUGCGAGGGUGAUCAAGCCGAUUGCACGCCUACCUGCCCAAACCAUGCGACGUGUGUCAAAGACAAUUCCCUUUUCAACUCGAAAGGAGAGCUAAUAAGAGCUUCUAGCUACGGAAGGUGGGCAACUGGCUCCGGAAAAACCUAUCUUUUUGCCACAAACAAGAUUCCCUGGGCAGCUGCAUACGACAUGUGCUGCAAAUUAGGAAUGGACUUGUUGUCUGUGGAUUCCGAUUUAGAAAUGAAGACGAUAUUUGAUCUGAAUAAUAAUGACCCUCUACUGAAAUUCAAUACCGAGUUUUGGACGAGCGGAACCCAGCUUGACUGCAGCUUUCGCUUCAAAUACUGUUCCUCCGGCACCACUUUCUAUGCAAACGAUUCCAAUUGGAAUGCCGGUGAACCGAACAAUGCGAAUGAACAGGAGGCGUGCGUUUUGGCUCAUUUCGGACCUUCCGCGUCCUACGACAAGAGUCAAGCAUGGAUGCAAGACGUAGUUUGCACCGAUUCGUAUGGUUACAUUUGUGAGAUGCCGGCCAAACCUUGCAUAUCAGCCACUUGCUAUGAUUACAACUGCACGGUUGAUCCUGUGAAAACGAGCCAAGUGACAGCAAUGACUGGGCCAGAUGGACAGUUCCAAACGUUUUGCGGUCAGAAAUAUUUCUUUCACAAGGAUAUGAAAACUUAUAAAGAUGCAUACUACGAAUGCUGCAAGUUUGGAAUGAAAUUGGUUUCCAUCGAGACAAACGCUGAACGUGAAUGUUUACACGAUGGUUUUAAAUUUGCUGGCUGGGGCAGUUUACCAUUGUGGACCUCCGGCACUUCAGAUGGAGUCGGGUGUGUCCGCAAUUUCGGUUGGUGUCCUAGUGGAACCUUGGUCGCUCCAGACUUGAUGUGGAGACCAGGAGAGCCCAACUCGCCUUAUGUUGAAAAUUGCAUGAACCUCUACACUUCUACUGGCGCUGUUAUGGAAACGGGUUUAAAUGAUAUUGGGUGCGAUGCUAUGCUACGCUUUCUUUGCGAAUAGAAAGUUGAAGCGCGUCAUGAUUGCAUGUAAAAGCAUUUAACGUCAUUUUUCCAAACUUCAAUGUACUCGAUCUGCUUAGAAAUAGAAUUUGA